AUGACCACGCUGAACUUGCGCCAAGAGUGCACCGAUUCCGUGAUAGCUUGCAUCAGCUGUGUAGGGGCUGAAGCAUCGAAGUGGCAGAAGAUAGUGGGUGCCGGCUCCGCGGGCAGCGUUCUGGCCAAUCGCCUCUCGAAAAAUGGGACGUAUGAUGUGCUUCUUUUAGAGGCCGGAGAUGAAAUGACGCCAGAGUUGUAUGUUCCAUUUAUGGCGCCUUUCUCAGCCAACCAAAAUAACAGCUGGGGGUACCAAACAGAUCCGCAAAUGUACGCUCUCUUUUCCUUCCCAGGAGGGAUUGGUCCUAUGACGCAAGGAAAAGUUCUCGGAGGCACAAGCUCCAUUAAUUCUAUGAACUUUGUGCGAGGAAACAAACAUGACUUCAAUAAAUGGGAAAACACGUACGGUGCAACUGGUUGGGGUUACAGCAAUAUAUUGGAGUACUUCAAGCAGAUUGAAAUGUUUCUGGUCCAAGACGAGAGCGUGCAAGAAAAAGACAAGUACCAUGGUGACAAAGGAGAAACACCGGUCCAAUACCCUGACUAUCAUACUCCACUUAGUGACAUCUUUCUAGAAGCUUGUAAGGAGCUUGGUUAUAACAAAGUUGAUUACAACGGCGAAAAACAUACGGGAUAUUCUAGGGUACAGUGCAACACAUUGAAAGGUAUUCGAAUGGGUGCCAGCACGUGCUUCCUUGAUCCGAUACGUCAACAGCGCACCAACCUACACAUUUCUACAAAGAGCACAGUGACGAAGAUAACGCUUGAUUCAAAUAAGAAAGCCACUGGAGUGGAAUUUAUCAAGGACGGCGAGAACAAGAAAGUGAGAGCGAAGCAUGAGGUGAUUGUUUCCGCAGGAGCCAUCGGCUCUCCCAAGCUGCUCAUGCUCUCAGGAAUUGGACGCAAAGAUGAUUUGCAAAGACUGGGAAUGCUAUGCUUGAGUGGUAAAAGCAGUAAUCACAGACACAGAGUCGAAUAUGUUCAGGUGUACGCAUGA